GGCAGGGCAAGAUGGCCGACGCGGCGGCCACUGCCGGGGCUGCGGGCUCCGGAACGAGAUCAGGAAGUAAACAGUCCACUAACCCUGCUGAUAACUACCAUCUGGCCCGGAGGCGAACCCUGCAAGUGGUUGUGAGCUCCCUGCUGACAGAGGCAGGGUUUGAGAGUGCAGAGAAAGCGUCUGUGGAAACACUGACAGAGAUGCUGCAGAGCUACAUUUCAGAAAUUGGAAGGAGUGCCAAGUCUUACUGUGAGCACACAGCCAGGACCCAGCCCACACUGUCAGAUAUUGUGGUCACCCUUGUCGAGAUGGGUUUCAAUGUGGACACUCUCCCUGCAUAUGCAAAACGGUCUCAGAGGAUGGUCAUCACCGCCCCUCCGGUGACCAAUCAGCCAGUGACCCCCAAGGCCCUCACUGCAGGACAGAACCGACCCCACCCGCCACACAUCCCCAGCCAUUUCCCUGAGUUUCCCGACCCCCACACCUACAUCAAAACACCGACGUACCGCGAGCCCGUGUCAGACUACCAGGUCCUGCGGGAGAAGGCCGCGUCCCAGAGACGCGAUGUGGAGCGGGCGCUCACCCGUUUCAUGGCCAAGACAGGCGAGACCCAGAGUCUUUUCAAAGAUGACGUCAGCACGUUUCCACUGAUCGCUGCCAGGCCUUUCACCAUCCCCUACCUGACGGCUCUUCUUCCGUCCGAGCUGGAGAUGCAGCAGAUGGAGGAGACGGAUUCCUCGGAGCAGGACGAGCAGACGGACACAGAGAACCUCCCUCUUCACAUCAGCCCGGAUGAUUCUGGAGCCGAGAAGGAGAACACCUCUGUUCUGCAGCAGAAUCCGUCCUUGUCGGGGAGCCGAAACGGGGAGGAGAGUAUCAUUGAUAACCCCUACCUGCGGCCUGUGAAGAAACCCAAGAUCCGCAGGAAGAAGUCCCUCUCCUGAGCCGAGAACGAAGCCUGCCUUGUACAGAGAUGUGGAUUCCACCCUGCUUGUCGAGUUAAAACCCCUCAAGGGAAGAGGAAGGUGGUCGUCUCGGGGUCGAGCUGAGGCUGUGGGGUGUGAACCAGGCAUGAUUUUAAUAGCCAACUCUCUAUUAUGAUUACCUGUUUUCACUGGAUUUUGGGAUUGAUGAAGAAAUGAAAUGAUGAGACUUUUAAUCAGCUGGCCAUACCAUGGGGUACAGGAAUGAUGAAUUCAUUUAUAAUCAUGGAACUUGAUUCUUUGAAACCUGGGAGACCAGAGAAGGUGGCAGAGAGAGAGGGCUCUCUGCCUGCUGUGCUCAUUGCCAGAAAGACCAUGUGCUUAAAGUGUUUCAGGAUAUCUGGACCCUUUCAUUGGCCGACAAUUUGUGGCACAAAUUUAUCAUCCUAGAAACUCCUUAUUUCUCUGCUCACGUGGGCUGCAAGUGCCUUGUUGAUUUGUUUGAAGGUGACUUGCUCUUCUUCAACAUGUUGGAAGCAGGAGACUCACCGAUUGCAGCUUCAUUGUGGGGCCAGCAGGAGUCAGGAGGAGUGAGCAGAUGCCUUCAUGGGGAGGAGAAUGGAAGACAUCACUGACUCUCAUCAGCAUCUGAUGAAAUCUCCCUGAGGCAGGGCAGUGCCCUCUCCUGAGAGAUUUAUCAUUUACUGUCCCGUCAUGGAGCAUGUGCUUGGGAAUGACCAAGCUCUGCACCAUCCUGGGAGAAGAGAUUUUUCUUUGGCAAGAGGCUACAUCAGUGGCUGUAUUAUGCUAUGAUUUGAUAGCAGAAUCAUUGAUUUUAUGCAAUAGGAAAAGGAUCGAUGGGACUGGGAGGUGGCGGGGAUGAGAUUUUGAAGGCCCGGCUUGGCCGUAUGGUCCAAAGGCUGAGAAACCUCACAGGUCUGCUGGAGGCUGGCACGGAUAGAAGGCCAUGUGCCCACCUACGGCAGAAGUGGGCCAAGAAGAACCUGCACAUCUGAAUCUACCCAGGCUCUUUGCCUCUUCAUCCUUGAUGUGCCUACAAACCAAGAAAGGAAGAUGCUGGACAAGCUGAUACCUUUUUGACUGGUCUCCAUAGGAAGAGGUUUUCAAACUAAGAGGAAGAGAAAUGCCAGUGAAACCUGGAAGUUAAUACACGGAAAACACGAGAUCCUGGGUAAAGUCCUUAGUCCAUCCUGAGCUCUCCUGAUACUCGGCCUCCACAGUCAUCUCUUAGUCCUCCAUCCUCUUGGUUGAAUUUGAAAACUCAAAAAACCUGGUGACAGCAGGCAGCAGGCUCCAUGUGCAGGCCUCGCUGUUCUCUAAACACUUCAUCCCACUGGCUGGAAGGAAAGUGCUGCUAUCAGUAACUGAACAAGGGAAGCGGAAUGAGAAAAUCGGAUUCCCCAGCUCUGGACCAGAUAAGAGUUUCCCCCAUCUGUAGUGAUCUGAAAACCUUCCAGUUAUAGUCGUCAGAUCGGGCCUGUGCUGACCCCUUCCAAGCUUGUCAUUUGGCUCUUUGUUAAGUCUAAAUACAGUCCCAGGGUCGAGCCAUGGCAGGUACAGGGCUAAAAUUCUACUUCCUGAAGUGGUCAUCCUAGCAGUUUCUCCUGAUACUUCCCAGACAAGUACCUGUUGAUCCUGUAAUGCUGAGUGAUGAGGUGAACUUUGGAAAAGAAUUGCCCUUCUGCUGUUGAGACUUCAGAGGCCAAGCUGCUCUAAAUCUGCCCUGAACGAGACACUGGGAGAUGCUUGGACAACCUGAAACAUUGACCCAACUCUUACUGUGUAAAAACUGCAUGAUCCUCACUGUAUAUUUAUAAAUGUUUAUUUUUUAUAACUUAGGGAGAAUGCGUGGAGGGAAAAGGUAGUCAAUGAAAUUGGAUUAAGCAUGUGAUUUAUGAGCUCUUAAUAAAAGGUCAUAAUAAACUUUGUGAAUGAA